AGUUAUAAUAAAAUACAAUUACUCUUAAUAAGCUGUUCUUUACUAUUAAUCUGAUGGAACUGUAAUUGUAUAAUGUUCAAUACUGCAGAAAAUAGAUAGCUAAAUUAAAAAAAGACUAUUUAUAAAAUAGAUCUAAACAACUAAGAUAAAAACAUAAUAGCACUUUAAAUAAUAAUAAUUAUAGAAGUAAAGUUCAAGACUUUAAAUAACACUUGAAAAGUCAACAACAUUAUUCAAAUAAGCAAAACUAAUUAUAAUAGUAUGAGAUUAAGUAUAGAAAGAUUUGAUAAAAUAGAUAAAACAGGAGAGAGUACUUAUAUUGAAUUCAGUACUGUAAAUAUCAUAACAAUGACAAAGAUAAAGAGAUCUAAAUACCAGGAAUAAACUUGAAGUUCAAUUACACAAUUUGACUUAAAUAACAAUGAUAUCUUCUUUAUCAUGGGAGAAUUUGUAAAAUAAUUUUCUAUACUAUAUUCUUCUCAAUAUUAUAGUCAACUAAUAUUUAAUUAAUCUUUCAUAGUACAGGAAUAAUAUAAGCAUAUUAUUUUAGAGAAUUCUAUUAUUUUGAGACUUCCAAAACGCAUUUCACAAUUUAUACAAAAUACAUUUAGCAAUUUACAUCCUACCAAACACUUCAUAAAUUGAAAAUGUGUUUUGGGCCCAAAAUGCAUUUUGAAUUUAUCAACUGCUGGCGCCAAACAGCCCCUAAGUUUCGGUUUACUUGAAUCUGGUAAUUUACAAGUGCAGUCUAAAGUUGAAUUGUAAGUCGCCCUAUUCUAGUCAUAAGCUAUCAAUCGGUACCCUCUGCUUGAAAGCUUAUAGUGGGUGGACAUCCGGGCCUUCAUACAAAACACACAGUCAACUUGAGACUACAUAUCCUUUCCUUUUGAUUCAUCACUAUCCCUUGUCAGAAAUAGAGGAUGGUGAGGCGCUAAGGAAACCCUACCCGGACGAGUUUUACACGAUUGCUCGUGAUUUUCUGUCCUCGAAUCAGACCUAACUGAAUCUAGUCUCCUCCCUCCUCUUAUUUAUUCCUCCCUUUCUUCUCCCUUUCCUUUCCUUCCCCCCCCCAGUAACGCAACACUCCCCCUUCAAUCCGCACAACAGGGUUCCGUUUCACACGUCAAGAAAUUGCUUUUCACUAGUAAAGAUGCCUUGCUAUGAUGAGCAUAUUUGUACUACCUGCAACUGCGACAACUUGGCCGACGAUAUCUCUGAUUCCUCUAUUGGUGUUCCUUGUGAUGACAACCUGGUCGAGGUUACUCUCACGCAUGAUCUUGUGGAUGGCCGUGUCAGAUCCAAUUCUAUUGGAGAUCUAAAACUUGAGGGAGGGGUAAAGACGGCGCGUCUUCCUAAGAUUAUCCGCAAUUUCUCUCUUGUCGGUAAAGUUUGUGUUGUUACUGGGUAAGCAUACUGUUCCUCUAUCAAUUCAUCAAUAAAUAUAUAUCCAUAUACCAGCCCAUCUAUCCACCUACUACACCCGUUAAUUCUCAACUAAACUAUGGUGAUUCAUCAGGGGAGCUCGCGGACUAGGCUAUAAUAUGGUCGAAGGUUUCCUUCAGGCUGGCGCUCGAGGUGUUGCUAUUCUUGACAUUCUUGAGACUGAGGGGGAUGCAGCUGCCGGGGCGCUGUGCAAGCAUUACAAUACCCUGGUAUUGUUUUACAAGGUUGACAUUACCAACGACGAGUCUGUUGAGAAGGUGUUUAGCCGGAUCUGUAAGGAUUUGGGUAGUAUUGAUGUGCUGCUCUGUGCUGCCGGAAUUGCAGAGUGCGUGACACCUAUACCUUCUUUAUUUGUUUUUGCUAAUAUGUUGACAACUCUUUGUGAUGCUUGUUUGACAGUUCUAAUAUGCCAGCUGAGACUUACUCCAUGACCCGUUUCCGCCGUCUUAUGGACAUCAACGUCAAUGGUCUUAUGAAGUGUUCUCAGGAGGCAGGAAAGCAGAUGAUAAAACAGGGCACUGGAGGAUCCAUUAUAUUGGUGGCUUCCAUGUCUUCGCACAUUGUCAAUUUCCCUCAGGAACAAUGCUGUUAUAACGCCUCAAAGGCAGCUGUUAGACACCUCGGAGCCUCCCUCGCCCUCGAAUGGUCCAAGUAUGGCAUUCGUGUCAGUGAGUAUCUUCCUACGCCCUGAAAAAAAAAAUCCACUAUCACCUACAAAUCUAACAACCAACAAAAACUGCACAGAUUCGAUUUCUCCAGGGUACAUGGAUACUGAGCUUAAUAGAUCCCCGGGACUAGAUGCCCAGAAGGCCAUCUGGUGCGAUCGGACCCCUCUGAAGCGCCUUGGCCACGAGGACGAGCUUAAUAACCUAGCCCUAUUCCUCGCAUCCCCGGCAAGCUCUUUCAUGACGGGUGCCGAUGUUAUCAUCGAUGUAAGUUUGAACACUGGAUUCCCGCGCUUUGCCCGGAUAGCUUCUAACAAUUAGAAUACAGGGUGGAUAUUGUCUCCCUUAGACACAUCUCACCAAUCCAUUACUCGCUGACUCUUUUCUCUUUUUGUUGCCUUGUAUCUUUUCCUUACAACUUUCCCACCGUUGCAUUUACUAUUCCCCCAACCCCACCACAGUUUCUUAGGUUUCGAAUGUGGGAACCUGGCUGGCACGUGCAGAUAGGAGGAAUCAAGAUACGUGGUGGAAGGGAGACG